CACGGACUCCGCCUAUACCAACCCCACAUCCAGCUCCAGUCCGACGACGGCGGAGGCUCCACAGAUCAGCCGAGCGAAGAAGAACCACGGCCCCCUCCUCAGCUCGACUCAAUUCCCGGCGUGAAAAAACGGAGAUGGGCUCCGUGUGAAUCCGGGCGGUGGAGGGGAGAGGAGGGCAGGCGGGGGGUGGGGGGGAACGACGACGAGAGCGUGGUGGGGGCAGAAACACCCAUAAAGAGGACAAACAAAAGCACAGCCGAGGGUGCCUCCAACCAUGAGCGGCGCGCACUACUCGCCGGAGCUGCGGCUGCCGCUACCGCGUUCACUACGCCCGCCGACCAUGUCGUGAGGUGUGGCUCGGGAACACUCCGGGGAACCUGUCAGCCGAAACGACACGCCGAGGAGAAGGAGGAGGAGGUGGUGGUGGGGUGGUGCUGGUCGAAAAGAUGUCCGCCUCGGUGGGGCCCCAGGGCGGCCCUCGCCCACCCACCGUGCCGCCGUCCAUGCCAGAUCUGCCGGACCUUAGCCACCUCACCGAGGAGGAAAGGAAGAUAAUCAUGGCAGUGAUGGCUCGGCAAAAGGAGGAAGAGGAGAAAGAACAAGCCAUGCUAAAAACACUGCACAAGCAGUUUGAGAGCUACAAACAGGAAGUGCGUCGCAUCGGGGCCGAGACGCGGCGCCAGCAGACCCAGCAGAAGGACGACGCGCCCACCUGCGGCAUCUGCCGCAAGACUAAGUUUGCAGAUGGCUGCGGCCACCUCUGCUCCUACUGCCAGAUCAAAUUCUGCGCUCGCUGUGGAGGGCGGGUCUCUCUGCGCUCCAAUAAUGAGGACAAAGUGUGUCUCAUAGUGAAGGACAGGGUAAUGUGGGUAUGCAACCAGUGCCGUAAGCAACAGGAGAUUCUCACCAAAUCAGGAGAAUGGUUUUCGGGGUCAGGGGUGCGGCCCGGGAGCCUGGGCACCUCUUUAAACAAUCCAGCCACGGGAGGUGAGGCCCAACGGGACAGGAAGCUACUCCGCUCCAGGUCCCAAGCCCCACCGUCCAGCACCAACGCCAACACAGGGCCACCAGACGGGACACAUCCGCCCGGCGGUGUCACUGCUCUCAAGGGUGCUGACACCAUGCCUGGCUCUCGCUCUCAAAGUGAACCCCCAAGAGAAAAGAAAAGGCCAGUUUCUUUCCAUGAGCAAAACGGUAAGGGAGGCAUGGGACGUGGUUCUGCCCGGAGACCAGCAGACAAGUUGCAUUCACAGUCAUCUCUGGACGAGCGGAUGGGUCCCGGAGACAGAGGAGAGAGACGGUUAGGAGAUGGAAGGCGGCUGGAAAAGAUCCACUCUCAGGACUACGAGGACGGGGAUGAAAACCUGGGUCGUUCAGAAACACACCGCAGGCGUCCAGAGGAUGAGGAGAAGAGGGAACGGCAGCGGCGCGAGGAGGAGUUUCAGAACCGCUAUCGCAGUGACCCCAACUUGGCAAGAUACCCAGUCAAACCACAGAAGGAGGAGCAGGAGAUGCGCAUGCACGCCAAGGUGUCGAAGGUGCGGCAUGAGCGACGACACAGUGAUCUUGCAAUAAAUGAGGUCGGACUGGGGCCUGGUGAAGGGGGUGGGGGUGGAGGCAGCACAGGAGAGGUGCCGGAAAACCGUCUUGCCAGGAGGGGUGGAGGUGGGGAAGGAGACCGCAAGGCCCUCAUGGAGAAUCACAGGGCCUACUCCGCAGAUAGGACCGUGGGGGUUGUAGGUGGGGCUCCCCCUGCCAGUGGAGGGGGAAGAUCAGGGUCCCAACUUGGGGGACCUGUGCCUUCAGACUGGGGUCCAAACAACAGUCGCCUGGAGCAUGGACCCCAAGACGGAACGCGGACAUCAAGAGAGAAGGGUGGGGUGGAUAACCUGCUGAGGAAGGACUCUCAGGGCUCGGACCAGUCGGAGUCUUUGCGGCCACCCCCUCCACAGUCAUACAAGGGCAAGCGCGGAGUCAACAAGAGGCAGAUGUCCAUCAGCAGCUCAGAGGAGGAGGGCGGCUCCACGCCCGAGUACACCAGCUGUGAGGACGUGGACAUGGAAAGUGUCAGCGAGAAAGGUGACUGGGACUGUCAUCCUCUAGAUCCUGCAGUUUGGCAUCAUCCAGUUUCGUGGCAGCCAUCCAAAGAGGGAGACCACCUGAUUGGGCGGAUCACUCUGAGCAAGAGGUCAGCCAUGCCCCGUGAGGCAGGCUCUCUCCUGGGACUAAAAGUGGUAGGAGGGAAGAUGACGGAGACAGGGAGACUUGGGGCCUUCAUCACCAAAGUUAAAAAAGGGAGUCUGGCAGAUGUCGUGGGACACCUACGUGCAGGUGAUGAGGUGUUGCAGUGGAACCGGAAGUCGUUGCCAGGAGCAACCAAGAAAGAAGUGUACAACAUCAUUCUCGAGUCCAAGGCUGAGCCUCAAGUGGAGAUUGUUGUUUCGAGACCUAUAGGCUCUGUGAACCGAAUUAUGUCCAAACACCUCUUGAGAAAAGUGUAUAGAGCACAUCAAGACAUCCCAAGAAUCCCAGAGUCCUCCCACCCUCCUCUAGAAUCUACAGGCUCCAGCUCCUUUGAGUCCCAGAAGAUGGACCGUCCAUCUAUAUCCGUGAUGUCCCCUACUAGUCCCAGCACUCUCAGAGACCUUCCUCUGGUUCUGCCUGGACAGCUCUCUGUGAAGCUGUGGUACGACAAAGUGGGCCAUCAGCUGAUUGUCAACGUCCUUCAAGCCAUAGACCUGCCACCCCGACCAGACGGACGACCUCGAAACCCCUACGUCAAGAUGUACUUCCUGCCUGAUAGGAGUGAUAAGAGUAAACGACGGACUAAAACGGUGAAAAAGAGCGCUGAGCCCAAGUGGAACCAGACCUUUAUUUAUUCCCACGUUCAUCGGCGAGACUUCAGAGAGCGCAUGCUGGAGAUCACAGUGUGGGACCAGCCUCGAGUCCAGGAGGAGGAGAGUGAAUUCCUGGGCGAGAUCCUCAUAGAGUUGGAGACGGCCUUGCUAGACGACAUUCCUCACUGGUAUAAGCUCCAGACACAUGACGUGUCCUCUAUACCUCUGCCACAGCCCUCUCCAUACCUCCCACGGAGACACGUCCAUGGAGACAGCCCCAGCAGGAAACUACAGAGGUCUCAUCGCAUCAUUGAUACAGAGUUUGAUGAUGGUUUGAUAGUAGUGACUAAAGGCGCAGAGCGUAACUCCAGGGAGAGAGAGCGGGGCAGCACGUUGGCUGUGCCCGAGCAGCAGCGACCCGUCCAGCACCGCUCGCGCUCGGUGUCGCCUCACAGAGAGGACACGUGCAGAGCUCGGUCUCGGCCUGCACACGUGCCCAUGCAAAGGAGUUUGGAUGAGAUCCACCAGAACCGCCACCACUCCCACUCCCCCUCCCAUUACCACGAGCCCCACUUGGAGCACCAACGCUCAGGUGACUCGGACUACGAGUACUCUGAGGACAGUGAGGUCCUGGAGAUGCACAGGUCUAUCCGGGGCGGGAGUGCCGAGUGCCUGCACACAAACAGGAGCAUAGGUAGAUACAGCAACACCCUCCCCCCCAAAAUGCCCCUGUUAGUAAACGGUAUCCAUAAAGACAUUUACAGCUCCACCCUCCCCGCAUGCCUAAAGAGCAAGCCGCCCCACAGGCAGGAGGGGGGCAGCGCCUUGCCUCGUAGCAUCCUCACACACCGUGUGCUCAGGUUCACUGAUGAGGUCACGGUUAGUGACCUGCAGCCGUCGUUGGACAGAGUGAGGAGCGCCAGCACCACGUGUCUGAGACCAGACUUUCACUCUACUGACAGAGACAGGUGUUCCAACUCUUUGCCCCGAACGACUCCCCCAAGCCCCAGGAUCUUAGUAGAACAUGUGGCCCCUGAGGAAGACAGGCAGUCUAACAGUUCUCCAGGUCCAAACUGUCCAAAGGGCAGCAGAAAAAGCCUGGAGGGGGACAGUCGCAUCCAGCCCACCUCUAUCCUGAGGGGCAGUAGAGGGAGAGGAGGCCCUCUGAGGCCCUUUGGCCAGACAGUCCUGUCAGGGUCUUGUCCUAACUCACCACGGCUGGACAGAGCACACCCUUAUGGCAGCCCGACUUCCCCAGCGGGGACUCCCUCAUCAGGUCGCAGGGGCAGGCAGCUCCCUCAGCUCCCCGCUAAAAGCAGCAGUAUAGAGCAAGCCCUCGCAGUGGAGGAGCGAGCCCGACAGCUGCAGAUGAAAGUACAUUCCUACCGGCCUUCAGCCUCCCAUGACCCUGAGACAAACCUCAAGACCAAACGGGAGAUGUAUGCAGAACAGAGGCGCAGCAGCGACAACAUGUCGGCCAGAUCUUCAGACAGCGAUAUGAGCGACGUGUCGGCGAUCUCCCGUGCCAGCAGUGCCUCCCGCCUCAGUAGCACCAGCUACAUGUCUAUCCAAUCAGAACGGCCCGGGGGACGACUCAGUCGGCAGAUGCGAGCGUCCAUGGGCCGCAGCAUGCUGAAGAGUUCCAGCGUGAGCGGAGAGAUCUACACCCAGGAGCGCACAGACGGCAGCCAAUCAGACACGGCGCUGGGCACGGUGGGCAGCGGCAGCAAGAAGAGACGCUCCAGCCUCAGCGCGCGGGUGGUGGCCAUCGUUGGCAACCGUCGCAGCCGCAGCACGUCGCAGAUCAGCGGCCCCGAGGGGAAGAGUAAGAAGGAGAAAGGAGCGUCGAUCCAGAGGAGCACGGAGACCGGCAUGGCCGUGGAGCUGACGAGGAACAUGAGCCGGCAGCCCAGCAGAGAGUCCAACAACGGCAGCAUGAACAGCUGCAACUCUGAGGGGAACUUGAUCUUUUCUGGAGUGAAUCUAGGUGCCAGCAGUCAAUUCAGUGACUUCCUGGAUGGACUCGGACCAGCUCAGUUAGUGGGAAGACAAACACUGGCUACUCCUGCCAUCGGUGAUAUCCAGAUCGGUAUGAUGGAGAAAAAGGGUCAGCUGGAGGUGGAGGUGAUCAGAGCACGAGGACUUGUACAGAAGCCAGGAUCCAAAUCUCUCCCUGCUCCAUAUGUCAAAGUCUAUCUGCUGAAUAAUGGAGCGUACGUAGCCAAAAAGAAAACCAAGAUUGCACGGAAAACACUUGACCCACUGUACCAGCAAGCACUGCUAUUUGAGGAGAGCCCGCAGGGGAAAGUGUUACAGGUGAUUGUAUGGGGAGACUAUGGCCGCAUGGACCAUAAAAGCUUCAUGGGAGUUGCACAAAUCUUAUUGGAGGAGCUGGACUUAUCAAGCACAGUCAUCGGUUGGUACAAGCUGUUCCCACCAUCCUCUCUGGUGGAUCCGACACUCGCCUCCCUGACGCGACGAGCUUCUCAGUCGUCUCUCGACAGCUCGUCCGGACCGCCCGGGGUCCGAUCUUAGUGGACAAACAGCUCUACACCACCGAGAAAAAACUAAAACUAAAACUCGGAGAGAAAUGAAAUACUAACGGCAGAAAUGUAGAACAACAACAAUCAGAAACACGAGAAAGCUUUGUUGAAAUCUGACAAUCACUCCUGCCGCGGUUAAUUUUGUCUGUCGUAGGGAGCGUCGCAUUUCAGUGUUUCAUGUCCAUUCGAGGAAAAGUCUCUGUGUUUUCUCUGUGUGUGCUGAAGAAGCCGUGCAGCAGCUGUCCAGACAGUACCAGAGAAUCCAAACGAAGCAGGGUGGCUUUUAACCGAAUCAACAAUAGCAAAGAAAUGUAUGUAAAGCAUCGGAAUGUAUGGACUCGAGACAAGAGGUAAUCACCCUCCGCUCCUGCAGGCGGCGCUGCGCUCCCUGCAGUGGCCUCCUCCAGAACCCCAACAGACUGCUGGUAUUCCCGUCCCCGCCGUGUGUGGGGGACGGGGUGCUCAGUCUGGAAGCACAGGGCCUUCUUCUGGUGCCUAGACCUCGGAGCCGCAUUACUGGUCCCCCCCUCUCUGUGGAAAGAUCCUCUUUUCAAUAUGUUUACCAUGGCUGCUCUGAAGCCGCACUGUUUCAGCGUGUUUGCUUUGUUGUUCAUUUCUUUCCCUUCGUUACUACUGGCACAAGAUGUUUUUAAAAAUGCUCAUGAUAAUGUUGUCAGUCUGGUGUGUGCAUGGAGAGUAAAAAUAAAAUACAAGAGAUUAAAAAAAAAAAGAAGCUAUUAAAUGUCUGCAAGUGUAAUGCAGGAAGAGGGCGGGGAACAGGUUAGAUUUUUACAUGUGAGAUUAGCGUUGUUUUGCUGGCAAGCGUGCAGGCCAGUCGUCUUUGUAUAGUUGUAUAUUAGGCCUCCCAGGAGGUUGACCAAUAAGUAAAAUUUAUGUCACUUUGAAAUAUCACAAGGGUACAAUGUCAAUGUAAAAAAAAGAAAACGUAAAUCUUUGUUCACCUAUGUGAGAGCGAGACAGGGGCGUCUAAUUUUUCACAUUUUUUGGGAGGCACAUUCCCUCCCUCCCGGCAUGUUAAAGGUUUUUAUCCAAUCUUUAGUUCAACAUUUUUUUCUUUUUAAAUUUAAACACAAGCACAAGAGCUUGAUUUUUUUACAACAAAAAGUUUAACGUUUUGAAGAAAAAAAUAAUAAUACAUAGCUAAAAAAAUCAAAAACAAAAAAAAGGACAAAAAGCAGCAAUCCUCCCGUCACCGGUUCUCUUCAUCGUUUCGUCUCGACGUUCGGAGGCAAACAGAACAACAAAUAUUGUCACAGUUUUUUCCUCGUGCAUCUCGGUGAAUGUGGGCCAAUCAGAUCGAUCCGUCGGGACGCCAACGCUCAUCCUCCGUCCAGCCUGCAGGCUCCUCCCACCCGGAGGGGGGAGGGGCAGCAUGACUUUGGAACCCGUUCCAAGCUGCAUGCACAUUUUUGUAAACAAACAAACAAACAAAAAAAAUCUAGAUACGCGUGUUAGCUCCACAUACUGUAGGGCCGCUUGUAUGUUGCAUGCAGUUGUACAGUUUGCUCGUACUUGAAUAUUAAAGAGAUAAAACCAAGAAACUGAAGCCAUUCCCAUUACGCAAAGACAUCCAAAUCCACUGCAGUCCAGUCCACGUCCUUCAGUCCGGUGCUGAAUGUCUCUCAAACCGAAUCCCAAGAUUACAUUGAUGUCUCUGGAAGAUGUACUGUACUGUACUGAGCAGACCUCGCAGCCCCUCUUACUGUUAUUCCACAUCAUAGUAUACCUCCGAGGGGCUAGGACGAUGUAUGAAUAAAUAUGUACAAAUCAGAUCUAUGAAAAUAUGAAUUAUGUUUCAACAUAAUGAUUUCAGACGACACGGAGAAUAAACUCAGAUGCACAGAAAGUCGCACCCUGUAAAUACUCAGCACUAUGCCCGGGGUUUUCAUUUGGUUCACUGAGAAAAGGGGCCAAGUCUUAUAAUAAGGAGCGAUUAGUACUUUAGGUGACGAGGGGACCGUGCUGUGGGACGGCGAUGGGUCUGAAAGUCCUCGUCUGAACACUUCUCUGUGCUUCGAACUCGGCGUCUGUGCCCGGCCCGCCAUGCUCAGUCCCGCCUCACUCCAGAUUUCUUUUCAUUGUCCAGUGAAGCUGUUUUUUUCCUUAUUUAUUUAGGUUUUUUUUCCUUGUCAGUAUUAACAGGAGAAAAAAUUGCUGAUUGUUUACAACUUCUGUGUUCCACUGAAACAAGAAAAUCAGAAAAAAGUAAAGCAUUCACUGCAACAUUUCUUGUUUGUAUAACAGAUGUGGCUCAAAUGAUGUGUAUGUUUUAUAUAUAAAAAAAUUUCAUUUUUAUGAUUUACAAAUAAAAAAGAAUGUG